AUGCUGCCAGCAGCGCCAGCCUGGGCGCGCGGGAGUUGCGAGCAGCCUGCAGGCGGCCCAGCGCCCCCAGAAAAUGCAAAAGACAUCAUCAUGAUAUAUGAAGGAGAUGCUGAGGAAUGGGCUCUGUACUUGAGCGAAGUUUUCUCACAUGUUGUGAAAAUGGAAGCAACCCUUUUAUAUUGCUUGGAGAAUUGCUCUCUUCGGGAUUUGGAAUUGAUGAAUUUAAGCUCCUACAAGUGUAAACUUUUGAUAUUAUCAAAUAGCCUGCUUGAAAACCUAUCUCCAAAGAAAGGUCAAUUUCUGAAAAACAUACUUUUUUCACCAGAAAGUGUGGUCACUCUGCUGUGUGGGAUGAAGAGUUCAGAUCAACUCUACAAAUUAUUAAAUAUCUCUAGAAGCAGAUGGGAGAUCUCAACGGAGCAGGGGCCUGAAGAAUACAUCUCUGUAAUUGAGAGUAUCAUAUUUGGAGGUUCUGCGGACUACCUGGAGAUCACUGUUCCACCAGACCUAAGAAAGGAACAAUCUGGGCAAACCAAUGAGAGAAAGGAAGCUGGAGAGUUCUUAGAAGCUUCAGGAAGCACCAUACCACAGGCAGUGGUGCUUCCUGCUGAGAUUCCAUGUGAGAAUCCUGGUGAAAUAUUUAUUAUUUUGAGAGAUGAAGUAACCAGUGAUGCUGUGGAGGUUGAAUUUACAUCAAAUAGUAAAUGCAUUAGAACACAGCCAGCCCUCUGGAAUAAAAGUGUCUGGAGUAUGAAAGCUUUAGAUUUUCCUGCUGGCUCUGUCAAUGUUGAUGUCUACUGUGAUGGAAUCAUUAAGGCCACAGCAGAGAUUAAAUACUAUACAACCCAGAAGGCUAUGAAAUGCCUGUUGGGAGCUGCAGGUCCACGAGAUGAUGUGUACCAGAGUGACAUUGACGAACUUGAUCAUAUUCUCACAUCCACAUUCAAACAUGAGAUACCAUACUAUGAAUUCCAAUCUCUCCAAACUGAAAUCUGCCCUCAAAAGGAAUAUUCUUAUUUCAAAGAACUUCCAACUCUUCUCCACUGUGCAGCAAAAUUUGGGUUAAAGAACUUGGCUGUUCAUUUGCUUCAAUGUUCAGGAGCAACCAGGGCAUCUAAGAUAAAAAAUUUGGAAGGUUCAGAUCCAGCACAUAUUGCUGAGAGGCAUGGUCACAAAGAACUCAAGAAAAUCUUUGAAGACUUUUCAAUCCAAGAAGUUAGCAGAGAUAAUGCGCAAGAAAAUCACUAUGAAGAGAGUAUCACCUCAUUUUCUACAUGUUCUCCUACCGUACAGAGCCCAGCUCUCCACCAUAAAAGCUGGCCUUACAGGCAGAAGGCAGAAGAAGCCAAAGGGAAUGAAAUGGCAGAGGAAGAAAAAGAGCAUGAAUCAGGCAUGGCGGCAGAGCGCAGCCCUCCAGAGGUUGACAGUGAAAGUGAGAACCAGUACGAUGACUUGUAUGUGUUCAUUCCUGGAGACAACCCUGAAGAUAAUUCCCAAGAGCCCCUCGUGUGCCCCAGACCACCUCUCCCCCCACCACGACCUGUAACCACUGCCUUCCAACCAGAAAAACCUCACUUCCCAGUACAAGCAGGGAAAUUGUUGGAAGGCCAAAUGGAGAGAAGUCAAAGUUGGUGUGAUUUCAGUGCAAGAUAUGAAACAGGAAGUGAUUCCGAAGAAGAAAAGAAAGAAGAUGAAAAGGAUCGGGAAGAGGAGGAAGACCCAUACACUUUUGCUGAGAUUGAUGACAGUGAAUAUGACACAAUACUGGCCAAUAGGAGUAUAAAGAAAAAAAGUGGAAGUCGUUCAUUCAUUAUGAACAGACCUCCUGCCCCCACACCACGACCCACAAAUAUCCCUCCAAAAGAGGAAACUACACCUUACAUAGCGCAAGUGUUUCAACAAAAGGCUGCCAGAAGACAAUCUGAUAGUGACAAGUUCCAUGGUCCUAGGAAACAAGACAGAGGUCGGAUGGAGAGUCAGACCUUCUCCACCGUAAGGAACUGCCUCACUGCGGGACAGGAGGAACUCAUCCUGCUGCAAGAGAAAGUCAAGAAUGGGAAACUCUCUAUGGAUGAAGCCCUGGAGAAGUUUAAACACUGGCAGAUGGGAAAGACUGGCCUGGAGAUAAUUCAGCAGGAAAAACUACGCCAACUACGAGAUUGCAUUGUUGGAAAAAGGCCAGAAGAAGAAAAUGUCUACAAUAAGCUCACCAUUGUGCACCAUCCAAAUGGUAAGGAAAGUGCCCACAGUGAAAGUAUGUUACAUAACAUACCCUUUGGCAGUAAGCUUCCUGCUCGACCCCAGAUGGAAAAAGAUUUUGGUUUCUGUUGCAGGAAAGAUCACUAA